UGACACUGUGCUGCCCUGCCGAAACACUACAAUUUUUCGAUCUUGUGGAAAAACUGCCCAAAGGAUUCUCGCACUAAGAUAUUUGUUUCAAGUUUUUGUGUUGGAGUGAUUCUAUAAGACGAACCUUUCCCAUCUGUUUUUCUUAAUGUUCUUUUUGGAUUUCAUGAAUCGUCUGCUGUACCCUCAGAAGUCAUUUCAAUCCGUCCCUAAAGUCUUCAACUGAUCCCAGAUUUUCAUCUUUUGUUGAAGAAACACCUUUGAUACGAGCUCUAUUUUCAGGUAAAAAUGCCGAGAAACAAAGGUGUUCGGGAGAAAAAGAAUCCACCGACGGCGAAGGAGAAGAAACCAGAUGAUCAGUUCAAAGCAGCCUUUGCUCAGUCACUGAAAAGCUUCCUUCAAUCCAAAGAAACAGCAUUGGAAUUUCCAUGCUCCUUGUCAAGACUAGAACGCAAAUAUAUUCAUACAAGCUGCAGAUUCUCACACCUAAAAACUAAGAGUAUUGGGAAGGGUGCUAACAGGUUUAUAACUGUCCUGAAGAGAGAAGGUUUACCAAAUAACUUACUGGAAAACAAUCUGAAUUUAUCAGUCCCUGCCAAAAAGCAAAUCCAUGAUUUACUGAGACAGUGCCCCUUAACACUUGCUGAGAGAGAAGGCCUCCUUCCCUUGUCAAAAAGAGACAAGUCAACUGAUGGAAGAGAAACGAGCAAAAUUCUAGGGCGGCUCUCGUCUGGAAUUCCAAUAGUUCCACCCCUCAAAGCAAACCCUGAAUUUAUUCAAUCUAGAAAUGCACUUCCGGUUAUGGCAAUGAAAGAUUUGAUUAUGGAUACCAUCAAUAAAAAUCAGGUCACCAUAAUUUGCGGAGAAACAGGCUCCGGUAAAACCACCCAGGUUCCUCAGUUAAUAAUGGAUAGGUGCUCACGCUUAGAAAAACCUUGUAGAAUCAUUUGCAGUCAGCCGAGGCGUAUUUCAGCUGUUUCAGUGAGUGAAAGAGUUGCUCUAGAACGAGGAGAUAAUGUUGGUUUCACAGUUGGUUAUCAAAUCCGGUUGGAAAGCAGGUGUUCUCCUAAAACUAUUCUUACGUAUUGUACAAAUGGUGUACUGCUCCGAACGCUGAUGGGGAGUAGUAACUCAUUGUCAAGAGUGACACACCUGAUAAUCGAUGAGGUUCAUGACCGUGAUAGACUGAGUGACUUCAUCCUUAUCACCAUCCGAAACUAUCUAGUCAAAUAUCCAGACCUGAGACUAAUCCUGAUGUCAGCAACGAUAGACACUAACUUAUUUUCUUCCUACUUCAAUAACUGCCCUGUCAUCAAUGUUCCUGGGAAACUCUUUGAUGUCAAACAGUAUUUCCUCGAGGACAUUCUUAAAAAUACUAGGUAUAUGAGCGAUGCAAUGGUAAAAAAUCAGCGUAGAGUUACGAAACAAAUCAAGAACUUGAAGAUUGACGCUUUCGACAUCAACCAAAUGACAAUGGGAUUGAUGGAUGAUAAUCCUCAGGAUGAAGAGAGCAACGAUACAAGUGAAGAAGUAUCUGUGAUAGCUGUAGCUGAUGAAGCACUCUCGAAUGCGUGGCUCUCAGGUUGUGAUAGUUCCUUUUCCCAGCUUAUGCAUUUGUACCUAUCCGAAGAUGUUCCUAUUAACUAUCAGCAUUCUGAUACAGGGUUGACAGCGCUAAUGGUGGCAGCCAGUCGAGGCUGUCUGAAUGUCGUUGAGCAGUUGUUAAGUCUAGGUGCAGAUUUAGAUUUGAAAUCCAAUAAUGGAAUGACAGUUUUUGACUGGGCUUCUCGAGUCGAAGAAUAUCAUAUUCUUGAAGUUUUACAAGCUUACAAAGUUUAUUUUGACGAAAUACAAAAUAAUAAACUGCUUGACCGGAACAUCAUAGAACUUGCAGAUACUGAAUUGUCCAAGGAAGAUGCAGAGUUAUUGUCAUUGUAUCAGCAGACUGUCAGUGACGAGAGUGUGGAUUCAGAUCUAAUUUUAAUUCUAAUCUACAAUAUUCAUGUUGCAAAUCAACCAGGUUCCAUUCUUGUAUUUUUACCCGGUUAUGAUGACAUUGUCAAUUUACGAGAGAAACUCCUAGAUCAUGAGAGCAAUUUUACAAAGGAUGGGAUGGCGAAUCUUAUGAUCUUAACUUUGCACUCAAAGAUGCAAACCUGUGAUCAACAAAAAGUUUUCAAACCUACUCCGCCGAACACACGGAAAGUCAUACUAUCGACCAAUAUUGCUGAAACUAGCGUAACAAUUGAUGAUGUGGUUUUUGUUAUUGAUUCUGGAAAGGUCAAAGAGAAAAUGUUCAAUGCUUUAAAUGGGAUAAGCACUCUCAAAUCAAUUUGGAUCAGCCAAGCAAGUGCCAAUCAGAGGAAAGGGCGAGCUGGCAGGACGCAGCCUGGAGUUUGUUAUCAUUUAUUCUCUCGUGCACACUACAAUGCCAUGCAAAAAUACCCCACACCAGAAAUCCUACGAUUUCCAUUACAGGAACUAUGCCUGUAUACCAAGUUGUUAGCCCCAACUGAUAUGCCAAUAGCAGAUUUCUUAUCUUAUGCCUUGGAGCCACCAUCACCCCUCAUAACAGCUAACGCCAUACAUUUCUUAAAGGCAAUCGACGCUUUAGGUCCCAAUGAAGAACUAACUGAGCUGGGUCAUCACCUCCUAGAUUUACCUUGUGAACCUAAGUAUGCCAAAAUAUUACUAUACAGCGUUGUCCUCAAGUGUUUAGAUCCCAUUUUGACAAUUAUUAGCUGCCUUGUCUGUCGGGAUCCAUUUAUGUUACCUCGACAGAUGCAUCUGAAAAAGGCGGUCUCUGAAAUCCGAAAAGAAUUUUCUGCUGACACCUUAAGUGAUCACAUGGCACUUCUUAAAGUUUUUCAGGCUUGGCAGGUUGCAAGGUCAACACACAAGGAAUGGAGUUUUUGCAGUGAAAACUUUGUAUCUGCAGCAACGAUGGAAAUGAUCAUCGGAGUUCGAACACACUUACUGGGUCAAUUAAGAGCGUCUGGUUUUGUCAAGUCCCAAGGGCAUGCUGAAAUCAGAGAAUUAAACGUAAAUUCAGAAAAUUGGGCUGUCGUUAAAGCAGCCAUUGUUGGAGGACUGUAUCCCAACAUCAUAAAAGUGGACAGGCUCUUGAAAACGCUCAGAACUGAGAACGAGCCUAAAGUAGCCUUCCAUUCCUCCAGUUGUCUCCGAGGGUACGUCAAAAUGUCAGAUGAUACGCCCAGUGUCUCAAUAUCAUCUUUACCAACUGACUGUAUGGUCUUUGAAGAAAUGAGUAGAGUUGGGAAAAGUGCUCUCGUGUCAUCAGUGACUCUAGUAACACCGAUAACCAUUGCUCUUUUUGCUGGACCUCAAAGAGUUACCGCUGCUGCAUUUGAUAAUGACGAAGUUCCGAAUUUGUAUGCAGACUCAAAUAGUGAUAGUGAGGAAGAAGAUGAAAAAGAAGGAGUAGUACUGAAGCUAGAUGAAUGGUUAUCAUUUGUAACAACUCCAGAAAUCAAAGCAUUGAUACUGAAUCUGCGCAUUAAGUGGUACACUUUACUUAGCAAACAACUCAAACAUCCUAGUAAAGAAUGGAGCAAAGAGGAUGAUAGUGUCUUGAAAACUAUUGUCGCUGUUUUAUCCGCGGAGGAACAAAAGCAUGGUCUCAAACAACCCACUGGAAUUGGGAAAAGGCCUCUCAACAAUCCAAAAGAAAGCAUAAAUGAUCGGCAUAAUUACAACAAGAUGAAUGCAGACUUUAGUAGGAUGAAUGUAUCUAAUCACUCUCAUUUUAAAAAGAAUGAGGGAAAUCCUAGAAGUUUUAAUCAUCAAAACAACUCACCUGUAUCUUCUUCAUCGUGUUCUUGGAGGAAUGAUUCUAGGACUGCUGCGUCAACAUCGCGAAAUACUAAUUACACAAAACCAACAAAUUACCAUGGUGACGUUCUGUAUGUCGUCAUUAAAUGUGGUUAUAGUUCAGAGAACAUUCUCCAUUUGUCUAGAAAAUCAAGUGCUUGGGCUUUCUCAUCAGCAACUCACCAGAAACUCGUUGAAGCAUUCAAUGAAGGGAAACAUGUUCGUCUAAUUUUUUCUUUAAAUGGAACGAAGGAGCUUCAAGGAUACGCUGAUUUGACUGGAUCUGCUCCUGUUGAACUUAAAUCUAGUUUAUUCGGCCCUAACCUUCAACCACCUCUUCCCAUCGAAUGGAUCGAACAGUCACCAGUUCCGUUUUCGACACUCAACACCAUGCGAAAUAAGUUCUUUGGCCCUUUCAAUUUAAAUGAAGUUCCUGAUGGCCUGAUUCUAGAUUCGAAAAUAGGUGAAUCACUCUGCAGCUUGUGGGAAAAUCCAAAUGCUGCAAGGAGCUAUAGUCGGGGAAAAAACUCUGGCAAUCACUAUCGUAGCAAUGCGGGCCGUGGUAGCAACGCUUUCAAUCGGCCUAAACGUGGUUCCUAUUCUGUACAUGGCAAUAACAAUUUUGAUGAUUAUCGCUACUCAAAGAACAGUUACAGUUACAACCAGCAAUCAUACUAUUAGAGACAAUGAUGUAUUCUCAUUUGUUUUUCUGUAGUAGCACACGAUGAAAAUAAGUUUUCAAUGAACAUCGAUAUAAUUGUCAGAAGAGAAAUUCUUCUCAUUCGUACAAGGAAAAUCAAUGGACUUAAUAAGCAGGUAAUACGGUAAUUUUCCUCAUUUUGAUCUCUAAUAAUCUGUAUCAUUGAGGAUACAUAUGUUAUCAAGAGGAGACUGGCCUGUAUUUUUCUCAGCAAUUCAGCAAUUAAUUCUGCAAUGGAAUUGAUGAGUGAGAAAAAGAUUCCUCCCAAUAUAAUUAUUUUACAGUUCCUGUCAGGAGACAUUAUCCUUUACAGAGACUCUGUUACAAUAUAUUUUUUCAAUUCUAUGUAACUUUUCCAAGCGCGAGGAAAAACACCCAUGGAGUUGUUUCAGAAAUUUUGUCUUUAGCUGAAACUACUUCUUUUCUCAGAGCCUGUCAAGCUCAUAUUUAUACUUAGUAAAGGGUCAUCACUUUUCAGUUGGAUAUACUUUUGUAUUAUAAUUUUUGGCUCAACUGCAUUGAAUUAUUUUUACUUCAAAUCUCAGUCAUCUAGAAUUUUGCUUCUUUUCUACAGUGACCAAGGGAAUUUGGUUUGAGAGAAUGUAAACCUCGUAUAAAACUAACACUGAUCACAUAAUUAUCAUGAUUAUCGUACAAGCCUCAAAUCUUAAUUUUAGUAACUUGUACAAUAUUGUCAGUUGCACGAAACUUUUUUUCCAUUUCGAGAUUACUAUAAUAUUAUUUUUUCAAAGGAUGUAUGUUUGCUGAUUGAGUAUAUUACUGACUGAAACCUCAGAUUCGUUCCUCUUGAACCUUAAAAGAGCCAAAAUAUAUGCAUUUCAUUUACUUUAAUAUACAGUUUUCAAUGUUAUGUCAGAAUUUUAGAUUAUUCAUGAGGACCCUGUUUUGGAUUUCUUUAUUUACACCAGCAUAAAUUAAACAUUAAGAAACUUUUUUUUAUCUUUCACCACAAGAUGAAGAGUUUCAUAUUCAGAAUUUCUUGAAACAGUUAUUUUAACAGCUUGUCCCAAACACACAAUCAUGUCAGCUAGAGACCAAAAGGCAAAGGGUACAUUUUUUUUCAAAUGCACUUUGAAGAUUUUGUAAAGUUUGCUUGCAAUUGGUGCGAUCUAUUUUUUCUCUUCCUCUUCUCCUUUAUUGUCAGUAACUGAAGUUUAAUACGAAUGAAAAAGUAUUCAAAGUUUAACAAUUACAGAAUUUUUCACUUGAGUCAGAUCAUCAGUUUUGUACAAGGUAAAUUUUCCCCAAGGAAAGUGUAAUACUCCAUAUUAUCUAUGUACCCUAUUUUUGUUUUCUUUCCGAAGAUGACACACUAUUUUAUACGUGAAAGAUCUAACUAAUAAUUUGAAAUCUUACUUACAAUUAUGCCUGGAUGAUGUAAUGUGGGAAUGAUGCAAAAGUAUACCCCAAUUAUUAUGAUCCCCCCCCCCUCUCUCUCUCUGUCGUGUAACUUUUUAACCUGUUAUCAUAUAAGUUUUACUAGAAGUUCAUUUCUUUUUCUUUUUCAAUGCUAAAAUUUUUUUGAGCUGAUAACGUCCGGUUUGUGUAGUUUUUCAUUGUUUACAUUAUUAUUAUUAUUAUUAUUAUUUAUUUUUUUUUUUUCACUGUUUCUACAAUACUUACUGAUUUCCCGGUUAAUUUUAAGAUCAACUUCACUGUUAUAAGAGGAUGCAAGUACGUUAGUUUUUUGCAAAUUAAAAUCUUGUAGACAUAAGUCACAAAUGAAGAUGAGGAGAGUUCAUUUUCUUGCUACGAAAAUUUUUCAGCUUGAAAAAACUUCUUGAUUUGGGAGGAAACGAGUUCUUUAGUUUUUUAAUCAGAACUUUAAAAUUUCAUGGCUAAUCGAAUCAACUAUACAUAAUUUUCUCUCAACCAAAUUAGCGUUUUUUUUUUAAAUGCAGGGACUACCUCUGACCUUUUUGUGUAUCGGUUAUGUGACUCAUAGUCAUCAUUUUUUUGAGUAGCCAAAAUACGCUAUGUCUCUCUUAUAAGAAACAUUUUAUCAUAAAAGAAUUGAUCUAUUGAAAAGCAGCCUAUCAAAAAUCAAUUUAGGUAUCCAGAGGAUUUUUCAUCCAAUCCUCGCCCUCUUUUAAGCUUCUAUACAUUGAUCUUCAACACUCUAAUCUCCAAUUUAUAUAUAUUUUUGAUGUAUUAGCUUCCAAUGGAUCGAUCGAUUUAACUUUUAGUACAUAAUAGCCUCAAGAGGGGCCUGUUACAGUUAAAAUUUAGUAGUCAGUAAUAAUGAAUGAAGAAAAGUUUACCUUUAAGUGAACAAACUUCUUAAAACCAUCCAAAAGCCUCCAAUAGUAAAGAAUUGUGAAAUUGUCUUUUUUAUCCAUUUACCUGGAUUUUUUUCAUUAGACUGUUGUCAAUUUUUUUUUUUUUUUUGGAGCGCCUUCUCAAGUAUGUAAAGUGGAGGGAGGGUAAACAAACUACUUAUGACUUCCUCAAGUAUAAGACUUGGUGAAAUGGCUUGUCGGAAAUUAUUUUCAUUAAUUCAGUCUCUUUAACCCAAAUUCAUUCCUCUAAAUUUAUCUCAUUCGUUGGGUAGGGAAAGUAUCUUCCAUUUCUCAGCGAGCAAGCGAGAACUCUUCUCAACUGACUCAAGUUCUAAGUAAAACAGCGAGGAUCUCACACUUACUAUUUGACGAUGGAAAUUGAAUUAUUUUAUGUGUCAAUGAUCCUAGUUUAUUUAUGAGAUUUUUAAGUUAAUUCCUGAUUUUUAACAUCAGAAUAAUUUUUACCUGUCAUUUUUCAAGUGAUGAAUCAAGAAACUUUUCGGAACAAGAAAUCGUUUCUUUUUACAUGACAGGUGUCUUUCGAUUAGCAAACGAAGCUGAUAAUUAUCAGGUAUCAAUCGAUUACCCAAUUAUUUGUGGGGAAACAGAAAUUAUAUUAAUACGUUCGAAUUCCCUUGCAUGUUCCUUUUACCUGUGCUUUGUUUGCAAUUUUUUAUAAUCAAUGUUGAUGAGAUACCCACUCAUAUAUUCAAUCAUAAUCAAGUCUCAUUUUGCAAUAAGGAACCUCUAUUUUUGGCUCAUCCUAGAAAGCUUCAAUCCAAGGAAAAUAAAGGGGGAAGUAAGUCCGUUCUACAAUGAGC